CGGAGUCUGGGCUGAGUGCUGCAGUUCACGGCGCUGAGCGAGCGGGGUUCCUGUGAUGUCUCACACUGGGCUGCAGUCUCGGAGACUCUAAGGGUGAGGAACAGGCUCUGGUCUCCCAGCGAGCAGAGCAGAGGCUGAGACAGACAGACAGAGACAGAGAGAGAGAGAGGGAGAGGGAGGCAGGGGAAAUCUCCUCUCCCCCGCUAGCCGACAGCAUGUCCCGGACUGAGGAGGUGAACAAGAUGACCGAGCGUGUUUAUAAGGUGGUGAUGGAACAGUUCAACCCCACGCUCAGGAGCUUUGUAUCAAUGGGCAAGAACUACGAGAAAGCACUGCUCGGUGUGACCGUGGCUGCGAAGGGUUACUUUGACUGUCUGGUUAAACUGGGUGAACUGGCCAGUGACAGCCAAGGUGCUAAGGAUUUGGGGGACACCUUGUUCCAAAUGGCAGAAGUUCACCGACAGAUUCAAGUACAAAUGGAAGAAAUGGUGAAGGUUUUCCAUUCUGAACUGCUCACCCAGUUGGAGCAGAAGUCGGACUUGGAUGUUAAAUAUUUAAGUUCCACUCUGAGGAAGCACCAAGCAGAAAUCCGAGGGAAGACUGACUCCAUCGCUAAAUGUCACUCGGAGCUGAAGAAACUCCGGAGGAAAAGCCAAAUGAGUAAAAACCCUCAGAAAUACGGGGACCGGGAAAUGCAGUUUGUAGAGAUGAUCAGCUGUAUGCAAUGCGAGCUGGACCAGUUGGUGGCGAUGGGUUACACACAGGCGCUGGUGGAGGAAAGACGGCGUUAUUGCUUCCUGGUGGAUCGGCAGUGUGCAGUCUGGAGGCAGUGUAGUCUCUACCACGUCAAGGUGAAGGAGCUCCUGAGCCACAAGCUGUUGAGCUGGCAGAGUGCUUGCUCGGACCCCAGCUGUAUCCCUGAGCGAGCACUGACCCUUGCCAAACAGACAGCCACCAGCAGUGCUGGAGCCCUCACUGAGGCCAGAGCACCUGACAAGACCCUCGGGGUGCCCACCGAGCAGCUGGGGGGCAAUAGUCUUACCCCCGGCCAUGCACAGGUAUUGAGUCCGCCGGAAUUGCUUCCCGUUGCUAAUGGAGAGAUGAAUAAACGGAAAUCCAUGGAGUUUGUCCCACUCAGAGUGUCAAAGAACCUCAGUCCCUCCAAAACUUCAAAUUCCACCCUGCUGCCACCUCCAAAACCUGCCGAAUCCACCAGCAACACGCUUCCCUCGCGCACUGGAACGCGUCAGGAGCAGCGACACUCGAGGGCCGGGGAACACGAGACCCUCACGAGGGCUCCAGCCACGCUCCGAAUCGAACAGCCCUGUGUCCGGGCUGUCUUCUCCCACCAGGCUGGAGGGAACGAGACGCUCCUGACUUUCCGAGAGAACGACAUCAUCACCCUCCUGGUCCCCGAGGAGAGGGACGGAUGGCACUAUGGGGAGAGCCAGGUGACAAACCACAAGGGCUGGUUUCCAUACGCCUACACUGAACCCAUCCAAGAGGAUAUCACAGGGCGACGACCCUCCUCCAAGUAA